UAAAACUUCCACGCUAGCCAUGACGUGGGUAGUGGCUCUGUGUCUGGGGCUGUUGUUGCCCCUGGGUCACUCCAAGACAGUCCACAUCUAUGUCAGCCCCAAGGGAUUAGACGGCAACUCGGGGUUGGAUGUCUCCCACCCGGUUGCCACCCUGGACAAGGCCAGGCACUUACUGGACAGCGGUGGCAUCAAGGGCAACACGGUGUACGUGGAGCUGAUGGGAGGCUACCACAACCUGCAGUCCACCCUACACUUCACACACGCCUACACCCAGCCUGUCACCUUCAGAGCCUACCAGGACCAGGAGGUCCACGUGACAGGAGGCAAGCAGUUGUCAGCGAACCUGUUUACACGUGUAACAGACACGGACGCUAUUAAUAUGCUGCCAGCAGAUUCAAUAUCAAAGGUGGUGCAGGUGCACCUACCAAGUGCUGGAAUCACCGACUACGGCACGAUGUCCAGGUUCGGCACCUAUUACUCUAGAACAUCAUGGUUGGAGAUCUUUAUCAACGGGGAGCCAGCCAGAUUGGCCCAGUACCCUAAUGAGAAAUUCCUGAACAUCGUCUCCGUUCCAAAAGGUCAACAUGGCAAGACCUUCACCUACAGUACACACGAAGACUCCAGAUGGGUGCAUGAGAAGGAACCCUGGGGUUACGGCUUCUGGAUGUAUAGCUGGUCAGACGAUGCCGCCAAGAUUGACCACAUUGACGCCAACAAACAUGAAAUGACUCUGGUAAAUGACACCAACUAUGGACUCAGAGUAGGUCACUACAACCCAGCCCAUCUGGCAUAUGCCGAUACUCAGGGUGGUUACUUCCGGAUGAUCAACAUGCUAUCAGAGCUGGAUCAGCCGGGGGAGUUCUACCUGGACCGAUCCAAUGGCAACCUGUACAUCUGGCCCAACACAAAGACGGGCACCUUGUCCUCCUCUGACGUCAUCACUGUGUCACUCAUCAACGACUGCAUCAGCAUGGAUUCAGGUGUGAGUAACCUCAUUUUGAGGGGGUUCACUCUGGAGGCGUGUCGCCGUGUUGGCAUUACUGGAAAUGGCCUGAACAACAUCAAAGUUCAAAACUUGGACAUUAAGAAUCUGGGCUCAUAUGGCGUCGACAUCAGGGCAAGUAGCAACAUCACUGUAUCCCGGUGCGACAUCCACUACACCAACGGUGGUGUCAGUCUGUACGGUGGAGACCGGACCACGUUAACGCCGUCUGGCAACGUGGUCGAAGACAACCAUAUUUGGUUGUUUGCCCGCGUUGGGGGCACUGGUUACAACGCUAUCACGAUUGAUGGCGUCGGCAACGUCGCCCGUUACAACCACCUCCACGACGGCCAGUACACAGGGGUGAUGUGGAGGGGUAACGACAACAUAAUGGAGUACAACCACAUUCACCACAUGUGUGCCAACAGUACUGAUUGUGGCGGGGUGCACUCGGGAAGAGACUGGGCUGCACGUGGCAACCUGAUCCGAUACAACUACAUCCACCACGUAGUGAAGCUCAUGCCUGGUGCCGAAAACAGGGGCAUCAUGCUGGACGACCAGUACUCCAGCGUCACCAUCGAACACAACGUCUUCUACAAGAACCAAUACCACGUCAACAUCGGCGGCGGUCGAGACAACAUCGUUCGAUACAACGUGUUCUACGAUGCUGUUGACUACCCCAUGAACGUGGACUUCCGUGGUGUCCUGUAUAACAUCAUCUCGGGCUCAGCUGUAUGCUAAAUUGAUGACCUUUCCAUACAAGACAAAACCGUGGUCAGAAAGGUAUCCCAAACUGGCUUCCAUAGAUUCCAAUUCUCCUAUGGACCCAAUGGGCAAUCAGAUCUACGACAACGUUUUCUACAACAAACGUCCAGAGAUCGUCCAAUACCAUGGCACUGGUCUCACCAAGAAGGAAUACUACGACGUUCAUGAUAACUUUAAAGCCAGUCCUGCUGAUUUUUGGUCUCCUGGUGAAUAUGACUUCCGGUUCCGGUGUUCAGCAAAAACCUGGGCCAAUCGAAACUCAGUUACCCAGCCAAUCGAUAUCAAUGCUAUCGGACCACGUCAUCCCACGGGACCCAAAUACAUGCAGAAAGCUAUACGACAGUAUCACAGCACGUCACACCCGGCUUCUUGUAGUGGACCUAUCAUCGGAUAAUGCCCACGCUGAACUUUAUAUGACAACGUGUAUUUGAUGAUGUAAAUAAAGUUGCAGAUAAUUA